UCAGAGAAGCCAAAAGCUCAGACAAACAGACUAAUUCUUAAAGCGUUGAACAACACCUCGGCUUGGACCAGCUGAUUCUGCAACCAAUCGCAGCACCUUAUCCUCGUGCGAUCACGAUCGUGUUCGACCCGCGCGGCGCAAGAUGUGAUUCCAGCACUAGGAGAUGUCAUCGUUCGGGCAGCCGCAGGAGAGCGCCGCUCCUCCGCUGUGCGUCGGCUUCUUCGGGAGCCCGACCACCCUCGACAUGUGCUCCGUCUGCUACAAGAAGCAUGGUCCCGAUGUCAGCAGUGAGCCGGGUGCCGUGUCCGUGCCCAAAGCCGUCGCACGAUCCACCGUCGCAGUGGAAGCUAAGCUGGCGGUGGCAGCCGCCGCCGCCACCGUGUCGUCCUCCACGUCCCAGGUGGCGGCGACGAAGGCGUGUCCGAAUCGUUGUGCGAUGUGCCUGAAGAAGAUCAGGCUGACAGGGUUCACGUGUCGCUGCAGGUCCACCUUCAGUGGGAGCCACGGCCACCGCUACACGGAGGAGAAGGGAGAGAAGCUGCCUGACAACAGAUGUCAACUAGUUGAUCUUAUCAUGUUUGAGAGCAUGAGCAUGCAUAUGUAUUUGUUUCUCCUUUUUCGUACUAUCAAAGAUGUCAUUAGUGUGGUAAUAGAGGUGUGA